CAGCGGCUGUGUCGGGUCCAGCUUUACCGCUGUUUACUCACCUCCUGAGCGAGUGACAGGCGGACAGGAGGAGGGAGGAGAAGUUAUUCGUAGCUUCGCCUUCUCCUCUUCAUCAUGGAGGCUCAGGCGCAUUUCUCCCGUGAGGAAAUCAACAGCACGGUGUGGGAAGUUCCCGAGAAAUACACGCGGCUCAAACAAAUCGGGACCGGGGCGUACGGCUCGGUGUGCUCAACAACAAAUGAGAAGACUAAAGAGAAAGUGGCCAUUAAGAAGCUCCACAGGCCCUUCCAGUCAGAGAUCUUUGCUAAGAGGGCCUACCGAGAGCUGCGACUGCUCAAGCACAUGAAGCAUGAAAAUGUGAUAGGACUUCUUGAUGUGUUUACACCCGCCUCAAGCCUGGAUGACUUCCAGGACUUCUACCUGGUGAUGCCUUAUAUGUUCACGGACCUGUCGAAGGUGCGAGGUCAUCUCUCAGAAGACAAAGUCCAGUUUCUCGUCUACCAGAUGCUCUGCGGACUCAGGUAUAUUCACAAGGCUGGAAUCAUCCACAGGGAUCUGAAGCCUGGAAACUUGGCUGUUAAUCAGGACUGCGAACUAAAGAUCCUGGACUUCGGGCUGGCUCGCAGUACUGACGCUGAGAUGACCGGCUACGUGGUGACCCGUUGGUACCGGGCGCCUGAGGUCAUUCUGAACUGGAUGCACUACACCCAGACUGUGGACAUCUGGUCUGUGGGCUGCAUCAUGGCAGAAAUGAUCAAUGGAAAAACCCUGUUCAAAGGAAAAGACUACAUGGACCAGCUGACUCAGAUCAUGAAAGUGACUGGAGUUCCUGGACCAGAGUUCAUACAGAAGCUGGAUACUCCAGAGGCCAAAAGUUAUAUGAAAGCCCUCCCUCGUUAUCCCAGAAAAGACUUCUCAGCAUUGUUUCCAAGGGCCAGUGUACAGGGUAUUGAUCUGCUGGAGAAGAUGCUGGUACUGGAUGGAGACGAGAGGCCCACGGCUGAACUAGCCCUGGAACAUCCGUAUUUUGACAGCCUUCGAGACCCAGAUGACUUUCCCGAGCCGGCACCGUACGAUGACAGCCAUGACAACGACACAUUGUCCCUGGAUGAGUGGAAGCGGUUAUGUUUCAGAGAGGUGAAAAGCUUUGUGCCAUUCCCACGACGGGACUCCAAGAGGAAAAACACCCUGACUAUGUCUCCAUGAUGUGAUGAAUGUCAUGUAACUACUGAUGUCCCAACCAACCCACAUACAGCCAACGGUGCCCUUGUAUAUUCCAACCUGAGAUUCACUCUUUUUCUUUUACUCUGGAAAUGUUUGGAUUUUGAAGCAGUGUUCAGAAGAGUGAUUAUUUUAAAACUAUCCCUUCAUUUAUUUUUUUUUUUAGUAAUGUGAAAUUGUUUCCUAAAUGGAGAUUGCUCUUUGUGUUACACGUUCCCUAUCAGUGAAUUGUGUUGCAAAUGAAUUGUGACUAAAUGCUGCAGGGUUGCCUGUGAGAUUUACUGUAAUAUUGUUUUCCAAAUAAACAAUAAGACAAAAUGGAAAGGUUAUUCUUUGCAACAGAUAGGAGAUUCUGCUACAGCAGACAGAUUAAUGGAAAAGAUUCCUGUGUAAUUACCAUAACCAAUCAAUGACAUUAGUUCAGUCUUGAGGUGAUAAUAGCAUAUUGAUACAGUAAACAACAAAAACGAGUAACCUUCUGUGUAAUGUCACGUGAAUGUCAGAUUAUUUAAAACUGUACCACAUCACAGUAAUUGCAUUUAUUCCAAAUAUGUAUUUUCUCUUAUUGAAAUUGAAAAAAAAAAAGUUUAGAUGUACCACAUUAUAAACAAGGACCCCACAGUAGGAACUUAGUGCAACAAUAGUCAAUAUAGCUUUCAUUACUAACAUUUAAUCUUAUAUUUUUUUAUGUUUCUUUAUUAUUGAUGACAGAAGCAAUCCUCAGCAUGAUAAGUACCAAAUUUCUGGAGAGACAAUGUUUUUAAACUGCUCUUUGGCACCUCAAAGGGCUUCGAUCGGAUUUGGGUUGGGCAACAUCCUUCUUUUUUCGUCAUAAAAACCCUACUGUGAUUUUGUCAGUGUGCUUUGGAUCGUUCUCAUGCUGGAACAUUUCUCUUUUGCAAAGCUUCUGCAGACUCUCAGUCAUCUUGUCAGUCAGUAUUUUGAAACAUCCACAUACAUUUAAGGUGCCAUCUACAAGUAUCAUCUCUCCAACAUCUUUUGCGCCAAUGCAGCCCCAUAUCAUCACACUGCCACCUCCUUACUUCAAUAUCAUUUGACCUGACUGAGUGCAGAAUUCAUCAGGCUUCCUUUGAUGCCACUUUGCAAACUUUUAUCUUGCAGAGUUGCACUUCACAGCAAACAUGGGUGCUUUUCUUUGGCAUCCUGUACUACCAGUCAAAAGUUGGACACACCUUCUCAUUCACUGCUUUUUAAUUAUUCACAUUAUUUUCUACAUUGUAGAUUAAUACUGAAGAUUAACACUUUUUUUGUUUACAUCAUAACCCCGUAUGUAUUCUUUUAUAGUGUUGAUAAAAACCAUUGCAUGACAAGGUGUGUCCAAACUUUUGACUGGUAGUGUACAUAGAGGUUAACAUUUUGUCCUGUCCUCUACACUGUGAUUUAUGUGCUUCUAUACCAACUGAUAACUGCUGCAAAUCUGUUUUCCCUGGUUUUUAAUUGGUCUGCAAUCAUCCUGUAUGUUUGUUUUUUUGUGUGUGUGAAUUCUCACUAUCAGAUUUUUCAGUUCCUCUGACAAUUCCUUUCUGUGUGGAGCAAAAAAUGCAGACAUGCAGACAGGUACAGCCCAUAGGUCCAAAACUGAAGAAGCUCUGGUUCAUGCAGUUGAUCUAAUUGGACAUCACAGAUAUGCUGAAUUUAGCUGCAAUAAUCACAGGUUUUCUCAUUUGUAUGUCAGUGAUCACAGCCAUAUUCACUUUUUUGCAAUGAGUCUUUACUUUUGGAGCUUGUAUUUACAGUGUAAGUACUUCACUAUUAUGUUUUUUGAGAUGCAGUUUUAUUUUUUUCAACUGAGAAAUUAUGCAGAUCUGGAAAGGUGAUACAGUUUUGACUCAUUCGACAUUUAGGUGAUAUUGCACAGGUCUGUUUAACUUCUCUUGUAUACUGUAUUUUGUAAGCAUGUACAGAUUAAGAUAAAGUUCAGGUUUUGCCAAUGAAUGAACCAAAAGACAGUCAGCUCCUGUGUGAAAGUGCAAUAUGUCACCAGUGCCUGCUGGAAUAUCUGUGCAUGAUAGUGUGCAUGAACUAAUCCAUUUAUUCAGCCUCUCCUUGUGGAUUCGUAUCGCUUGACGCUUGACUGUAUUGUCUGCCAGGCUGUAUAAAUCAUGUACACUUGCACUAAAUUCUCUAUCAAACCCAUCUUUCUGGUGUGUGGCAUUGCUUGAAUAUGUAUUUGAGAGGUUUAGGGUAUUUAGAAACUGCUAUAUUAUGGAUAAUGUUACAUUAUGGAACUUAAUUGGAAUUAUACUAUAAUUCAUCUGUUCAUCUGUAAUCCUGUGCCAGACAUCUUUGCUUCUCAUGAGACAUGUUUCAGCCAUAAAGUUGUCAUAAUAAUCUGUUACUUUUUUUCUCAGCAGCUGAAUUGUGUUUACACAUAUUGUAGAAUAAACAAUUUCAUUCAUGA